GCGGUUGUGCUCACUCUGAAGGAGUGGAAGAGUGCGUUUGUCUGCGACCCAGUUUACAUGAAUGAACAGUUGCUGAUCACAGGACCAAAGGCCUAAAAUGUCAAACUGCCAACAACAUAGAGCUAUAUAAAUUGUGAUGGAUGAAAGUUGAUACGUUUUUGAAUUGAGGAAAGUGAUUUUAAGAGCUGGUGACUGGAAGGAAUUCUCAUUUGGUGGUGCGAGCCAAGCAGUGACUUUGUCAUGGAGCUGUGGCUUAUAAAGUUUGGCGUCUGUUGGGCUGUCCUCCCUUCUCCUGGGGGGGUGGGGGUUGAGGUCUAGCUGGUGAAAUGAGGGUGGCGCUGAACUGACUAAAUGCCCUCCCUGCUAUUACCGUCAUGUUGACCGCCGGUACUGCUGGGCGAUAGCACCACGAAUUUCGAUGAAGGAAAUAAGUUUGCCCUUGAGUUCACGUCCUCGCUUUAACUUAGAGGCCGCCCUGUAAGCUGGUAGCGUUGGGGACGGAUGGACGGUGUCGGUGUUUCUGGUUAAAUGCGGGACUGCAGCAGCGCUGGUAUUCCUGAAGGUGAAGGUGGCACCGCGAUUACGGCAGCGCAGAGGCCUGCGCCCCCCCCCCGCCGGCUGAGAAUGCGCUAGCGGAGCAGUGCCAGAUGGCUGCUGAUGAAAAGCGCUGGCGAAUGUGAUUGUGAGUCACUGCACACAUGGUCCUCCGGCGGUGCUGCGUCAGCGCUGCAGCACAGCGCCCCGCGCACAACGCAGUUGGCUCAGCCGCUGCUCGCCGGGUUGGCUGUCUGCUGCAGCUCCAUCUGCAGGUCGCCAGGCUGCGACGUCGUUCACGGCCACUGCUACUGCCUCAUGCCGUGGGGCUCCUUGUCGGACAUGUUCCCAAUGGCCCCCGAUGUGACGCCCUCCCUGAUGGACUCCAUGCCAGGCCCCGACCCCCCACCAGGGUUUUGCAGGGGAAGUGGGGGUGGCCCCCCUUCGUGGGAUUCCCCCCGGAACCAUCUCCCUUACCACCGGGGCAGCCUCGAUGUAACCAGCACUCCCCUCGGUCUCGGUCUGGGUGAUUUGAGCGGCGGAGGUGGAGGUUGUGAUGACAUAGGGGCGGGCGGCUACCCCCUGCCUCGGCGGGGAUUCCCCCCCGGCGCGAUGGGGCCCGGAGGCCGUUGCGGGGUGGGCCACGGCGGAGGAAUCCACCAGGGGGCCCGCGGAUUCUCUGAUGACGGGGGAGACGCUCUCAGCAGGGUUCUCAGCCUGGGGCCACUGGGCCGUCUGCAGGGUGUCCGUGGGGACGAUGGCAGCAGCAUGGACCUUGCGCCCGUGCUAGUGGCGAUGCAUGGGGGACUGCCCCGUGCCGGCAAAGCUGGCGGUGUGAGCGACUCCCGGUCCUCCAGCCCCGCUGACUCUGACACAAGCGGCUUCAGCUCCGGCUCGGAGAUGAUCGACCUUGUGUCAGGGCUGCACAUCUCCCCAUCGCUCUACUCGCCGUUCCUGACCCAGAACAAGGAGUUGCUGUGCCGCCCGUUCAGCCCGCUCGCCGAGGAGGACUCUGGCCUCGACAGCACCACCCUCACCAGCCUGGCGGCAAUGGCUGCGUGCAGUGGCAUGGGGGGCCUGAUGGGCGCCGGCGCCCUGGCCAGCCUUGGUGCUCACAGCCCUUCGGCCGCCGUUGCGGGCGGUGGCGCUGCCGGGGGACCGAGUGCCGGGCUGCUGUUGGAUCGGCGCUGGUCGGGCUGGGGCAACUUCUACAGCCCGAACGACCCCUACAGCAUCGAGCAGCAGGCGCGGCUCCACCGCCAGGCGGCCGCGGUGAGCGAGGCGACGUGCACAUGGAGCGGCCAGCUGCCCCCACGCAGCCACAAGAGCCCCAUCUUCUCCCCCAAGGUGUUCCUAGGUGGCGUUCCCUGGGACAUCACCGAAGCCGGCCUCAUCAAUUGCUUCAAGAUGUUUGGUUCGGUGAGUGUGGAGUGGCCGGGUAAGGAUGGCAAACACCCGCGCUACCCACCCAAAGGUAAUAUGCCCAAAGGCUACGUGUACAUUCUGUUUGAGUCUGAGAAGUCAGUGCGUGCGCUGCUCCAGGCCUGCACCCACGACUUCCGCAGCAGUGAUGGCUGCGGCGACUAUUACUACAAGGUGUCGUCACGUCGAAUGCGCUGCAAGGAGGUGCAAGUGAUCCCUUGGGUGCUGUCGGACAGCAACUACGUGCGGAGUCAAUCGCAGCGCCUGGACCCGAGCAAGACGGUGUUUGUGGGCGCAUUGCACGGCAUGCUCAAUGCAGAGGGCCUCACCACCAUCAUGAACGACCUGUUUGGUGGUGUUGUCUACGCUGGCAUUGACACGGACAAGCACCGCUACCCCAUUGGUUCAGGGCGCGUGACGUUCAACAAUCACAAGAGCUACAUGAAGGCCGUCAAUGCUGCCUUCAUCGAGAUCAAGACACCCAAGUUCACCAAGAAGCUCCAGGUGGAUCCGUAUUUGGAAGAGUCCAUCUGCCAGCUGUGCUGCUCGCAGGCUGGCCCUUACUUCUGCCGUGAGAUGGCUUGUUUCAAGUACUUCUGCAAGUCCUGCUGGCAUUGGCAACAUUCCCUGGAGACACUGCGGCACCACCAGCCGCUCAUGCGCAACCAGAAGAGCCGCGACUUCAUUUGAGCAGGGAGGUGAUGGGGGGGGGGGGGGGCGCCCCAGCCUCCGGUGCCACCGCCCGCCUGCGCCCACGCAUGCAUGCCCACGUGCGUACGUGGGGUGUGCGGCGACGAUGGUGCCGCUCGGUUCCCCUGGGUCUCCGCGUACGGUUUAUUGCGGCUCGCGACGGGACUCGGCCAUCUUUUUAACACUUUAAGGAAAUGCCACCGGCUGCGAGUGUAGCGUUGAAUUUUAGCGCGCUUCAACCUCUGUCGGCGGCUCCUUAACGCCGACUCUAAACGAGCAACCAAAACGUAAACCGCAGCAUGCCAAGCCUCGUAGUCUCUGCUUGCUCACUCAGGAAGAAAUUCAACUCUUGAAAGUUAUAUAUUAUACGUAUUGCCGAUCGGUGGAAAUGGCGUUCACAAGGAAAAGAAGAAAUUAGUUGUUCGGAGGCUUUUGAGCGUUUCUUAACCAUGACCACAGCCGUCUCGUACAGUGGCGCUCCCAGUUUUAUCGGCUUCUGUUCACAGAUGAUGACGAUUGGCUUCAUUUUACACGUUCAUUUUUAAACCGCAAGUCGGGCCCUCGCCUGCAGGGGGGGGGGUGGUCCGCUCCCUGGCAGCGACGCAGUGGGAACCGGUAAUGAUGGUGGGGGCGACCAGGGCGGGAGGGGAAUCAAUGUGGCCGUGCGUGGCGGCCGCGCGUGGCGGCCGUGCUUUCCUUUUAAGACGCACGUUUUAAUUUGCACAGGGAGCUGUUUUUGCAGGGCUGCGUUGGGAAAGGGGGGGGGGGGUUCCUGGCCGCCGCCACUGUUGCAUGUGGCCCACGCGAUGCACCACCUUGACCCCUGGGUUUGUUUUGGUUGAUUUUUUUAGUAGACCGGAAGACGUGCUGAAUAUUAUUAAGCCUUAACAGUUACAUUUUUGCCACUUCGUUUACAAAGUUUGCUUUUUAAGCUUUUGUUUAAGCUUUGAGGGAAGGGAGGGGGGGAGAGAUAUAUGAGAAAAAAGUUGAUUGUUUAUAUACAAAAAAUAUUUGAAUUUUGCCAGAUGCAGAAUACUUAAGUGUUUGUUUAAAGUGUUCAAGAGCGCGAUUUGAUUUGCAGCUCUUCUACCUCACGGUUUGGUGACGUUAGUUCUGGGUUCUGAAGGACGUUUCUCGCACAUGAAGCAAAAUAAAAUGCAAAAAAAAAGUCUGCGUGGUGACUAGCAUGGCAGUGAUUGUACUGGUGGUGUAUUAGAGUUCCUGUGGGCGAGUGGCAUCACCACUGGUGUGGAAAUUGGAAUGUUUCUACUAAUUGGCUCGCCUGAUUUUUGGGUUUAGUUUGUCCUUCCCUGUGCACCUCCAAUAAGCACUUGGCUACACACGGUGCAAAAGAAAUUCAACAUCGAACUUUGAAUGGGAUGACUGCCAAUGUCACUCCAACAGACAGACCUGCCAGGUGAGAAUUCUCAACGCAUUCACUCAGAUUUUAUUUUACAUGGAAUGUAAAAACGAGUGGCAAGUUUACAAAAGUGGAAAUCUGACAACUGUCAAAGUGCAAGUGAUUGGUGUAGAAGGCGCACAACCCUUCCCUACUGCAGCUCUGAGUUCUUGGUCUCAGGGAGGCACAGCCCCACGAUGCUGCCGCACACAAGUAGUGCAGCGAUGAGCAAGAUGGGCACGGUGCAGCUGGUCUCCAGCAGCGCGCCAAACAGCAGGCUGGCAAGUAUGGCAGCUAUGCGUGCCACCCCGGUGAACACUCCGAGCGCACUGGACCUGCAAAGCACAUGCAUGGCAUUAGCAGGUCGCUGCAGCAGAGAACAGCACCCAGAAAGUGGAGACGAUUGGUACUGCACAGAUGGAUGCUGCAGUUGGUAAAAUAACCCAGUGUUGGAGUUAACGUUCUGAGAUGGAAAGGGCAGGGAAAAAAUAGAAUUAUGGGCAAUUACUGCCCACAUUUUCGUAUCCAAGGCCAAUGUCCUUAAUGACGAAUGGGACCAGACACGUUCAUCCUGGGAUGCAGUUCAAGGUGAGGACUUCAAGAGACCAGGAAUGGUCUUUUCAAAUGUUGAAAGCAAGUCCAAAGUGAAGCAAAUCCUGAGCAAAAACAACCGCCUCGGCAUUUAAAAAUAAAGUGCAACUUUAAAUGCAACUGUUGGGUUAUUGCUGUUUGCAAAAUGUUGGUUGUGAUAAUUCAACGUGGUGAGCUGAAAGAAUAAAGGGUGACUUGAA